CCAACCCUAUUCAUGCUUCAGUUUAUUUUAUGCUGUUUUUCUGGCUGCAGACGAACCCGAAGCUGUACCUGAACCUGCUGGAGCUGGAGUACAGCGGCGAUGUGCAGCAGAACGAGGCCGAGAUCAUGGCCUGCUUCGACCGAGCUCUGAGCAGCACGAUGCAGCUGGAGCAGCGCCUCAUCUUCUCCCAGCGCAAGCUCGAGUUCCUGGAGGACUUCGGCAGCGACGUCAACCUGCUGGUGGCAGCGUAUGAACAGCAUCAGAGACUCGUAACGGAGCAGGAGUCGCUGAAGAGGAAAGCAGAGAACGGCUCAGAAGAGCCGGACUCAAAGAGACAGCGGACAGACGACCAAUCAGGAGCCUCGGGUCAGAUGAUGCAGGACAUGCAGGCCAAUCACGCCGGAUACAACUACAACAACUGGUACCAGCAGUAUAACUCGUGGGGCGGUCAGAACUCCUGGGGUCAGUACAGUCAGUAUAACCAGUACUACCCACCGCCUCCAACAUAACAGACUGCGCCGGCCGUGUCUACUGCUCCUUCAGCUUCAGCAUUCAUCCCGUCUCCAAUCACACGCGGUGUGCUUUCUGUUUUUGGCACGAGCUCUUUUCCCUCUAAGUGCAAGUGAGUUUUUAAUGAGCCGAGUUGGUUUAGUGCUUCUGGAGGUUUAGUUGUGUUCGCGGACAGAUUGACAUUCAUCUGGAAGACUUGAUCCUCAUCUCCGCUCCUCCGUGUGAUCCUGUUUUCAGAGAGAAACGUGAAACAUGAAGACCUUUUUUAUUUUGACUUGGUUUCAUAAUAAAGAGAUUGACAUCC